ACCGUCAUUUGUUGUCAUUCGUUCGUCCUGCAAAAUGUAUUUUUAAAUUAUUAUUAAGUAGAUUACAAAACACUUUUAAUUUUGAUAUGUCUGCUGAAAGUUUCCGCCAAGAAAUGCCCCCUAAGGGGGGCUAUGCUGAUAUAACAUGGAAAAGAGUACCUUUAAAGAGUCCUCUUAGUGGUGCAAAAAUAUUUAGUGCUUGGCUUGCUGUUACAGUAGCUUCGUACUAUGUUUAUGGACAAUGUAUAAGAUUCAGAAACAAAAUAAGAAGAGAAAAUGAGGAAGUGACUGUAGCUUUAGAACCUCUUCUUAUGGCUGAAAGAGAUAGAAUCUUUUUGAAUCAGCUGCGUAAAAACAGAGAAGAGGAGGCUGAGCUAAUGAAGAAUGUACCUGGCUGGAAAGUUGGUACUUUAUAUGGCGAGCCUUUGUACAAAACUGUUGGAGACAACAUAAUACAUCCAUUAGGAGUUGAAUACUAUGUGCAUAGUGAGCCUAAUGCAAAAAAUUAUAUGUUUUAUUAUGACAUGAGCAUGUAAAAACACUUAUAGCUAGUUUUAAAAGCUUUCAAUAUGUAAAACUUUAUUAGAAUAAAGGAAUUCCAGAAUAA